GCAAAGAUGUUCAGCGUGUUGCUUGCAGUGAUUUUUGCCGUCGCAACGAUUGCAUCUGGUCAGAGUGCUGCCUGGGAUCAAUCCCUGGGAGAUGCAACGACAUUUCAAGAUGCUCCAUCGGAGCGUCAAGGAAAAUUUUUUCCGCUCUUCAGUGUCAUCAGAUUUGCUAAUACUCAAUGUACUGGAAGCAAUAAUUUGAAUGGUACGUGCUUUACAAGACGAGAAUGUUCCAAUUACGGCGGGACUGCGUCUGGGACUUGUGCCAAUAGCCUUGGCGUUUGUUGUGUUUUUGUGAGAACAUGCGGUUCUACCACCAAUAUGAACAAUACAUAUUUCAUAAAUCCCGAUUAUCCAACAACGUAUGCCGGUGGAGAUCGAUGCACAAUUGUCGUUCGUCCCUGCAAUUCUCAUAUUUGCCAAUUACGUUUGGAUUUCUUGGACUUCUCCCUGGCCCAACCAGAUGGAACUGGUGUGUGUGAUUUAGAUUUUUUGACUGUAACUGGUGGAGCAACCCUUGUUCCCAGGCUUUGUGGAGAAAAUACCAAUCAGCACGUUUAUGUAGAUUUUGACGGACCAGCUCCAAUUACGAUAUCGAUCGAUACCGACGUAAACUAUGUCUUUGAUCGCCGUUGGAAUAUAAGGAUACAGCAGAUAGCCUGUGAAUCUGUAUGGCGCGCUCCCAGUGGGUGUCUGCAAUAUUAUACUACAACUACUGGCACUGUAACAAGCUUCAAUUACGGUACCGUAGUGAAUCCAAGAUCUCCACUGGUCGGUACUCGUCAACUGGUAAAUUUAAAUUACGGUGUUUGUGUGAGAAUGACUGUAGGCUAUUGUGCGAUUCAAUGGUCACAGGAUAACACCCUGUCCUUCACUGUUUCUGGAGAUACAGACGGCCUUGACACAACAGUAAUUGGAACAGACUUGGCUGCAGUUACUGGAACAGAUUGUACAGCGGAUUUUGUCAUAAUACCAAAUCCAUUCGAUACAACAGGUACCGCUUUAGAUGUUGAUCGCUUCUGUGGAAAUGGUUUCGUAACUGUUAUCAGUUCUUCAAAACCGUUCGUACUUUACGUCAUUACAAACGGAGAUGAAACUGGUGAUGUUCUAAACAGAGGAUUUAUUCUAGACUAUCAGCAAAUAGCUUGUCCAAUAUUCUAGACUAAAACCACUAAAACUAAG